UAUACGGACGGAGAAGAUUUGGUCUCUCUCGCUCACCCAAAACACUCCAGCGAUCGGAAUAGAUUGGAUUGGAUCGGAUCCUCUCUAAUCAAACAAGUAGUAUUAAAGAGUUGCGUUAGUUUGUGGAGACCACCAAAGGCACCAAACUCUUUCAAUCAAUAUAACUUACAUACUUCGUGUUGGGGUUCUUUCUUCUACUAAUUUCUUUUCUUUGUCUUCUUUUGUCUCUCGGUGAUUUCUUUUUGUCCCUGUUGUUGUUGUUGUUGUCCCCUCUCUCUCUCUCUCUCUCUCUCUCUCUCUCUCUUGUCUCUCAACCACAUGUUUUUUGGAAUUUCUCUUCUCAAACCCUAGAGAGAGCUUAAUUAGCUUUUUUGUCCUCAACUCACUGAUUGAAUUGAACGAACAGCUUCAUAUAAUUCCCUCCUCCCUUAUUCUGAUUCUUUUGGAUCGCUUCAGUUUUUUUUUGUAUAAUUAUUCUUAUUGGUUGGUGGGUCUUCUUCUUCUUCUUCUUCUUCAAGCUCCCCAGCAAUGGCCUCUGGCGGCGGUGAGGCGGAUAAAUCUGUGGAUCCCAAAUUAGGCGGCGUUGGGAGCAGAAGCGCCGGUGAAGAACGAUACUUCAGGGCGGAUAGUCUUGACUUCACUAAAUGGGAUUUGCAUAUGGGUCAAAGCUCUACUAGCGCCGCCGUCACCAACACCAGAACUCCUCCUCCUCCUCCUACUCCUACUCCUCCGGCGGCGGCUAUGCAGGAAUGGGAGAUUGACCUCUCCAAACUCGAUAUGAAGCACGUCCUCGCUCACGGCACCUAUGGCACUGUCUACCGCGGUGUCUACGCCGGCCAAGAUGUCGCAGUCAAAGUGUUAGAUUGGGGUGAAGAUGGUUACGCCACUGCAGCUGAAACCAAUACUCUGCGUGCUUCCUUUGAGCAAGAGGUCGCCGUCUGGCAGAAGCUCGAUCAUCCCAACGUCACAAAGUUUAUAGGAGCAUCCAUGGGGACCUCUGAUCUGAAGAUCCCCCCUCCUGGUGAUUCUGGCGGACGUGGUAACGGUGGUGCUCAUCCUGCGCGGGCCUGUUGUGUUGUCGUUGAAUAUGUUGCCGGAGGCACCCUUAAGAAGUUCCUCAUCAAGAAAUAUAGGUCUAAACUACCCAUCAAGGAUGUCAUUCAGCUCGCUUUGGAUCUCGCUAGAGGGAUGAGUUACCUCCACUCCAAGGCGAUUGUACAUCGGGACGUGAAGACAGAGAACAUGCUGUUACAACCUAACAAGACGCUCAAGAUUGCUGAUUUUGGGGUUGCUAGAGUCGAAGCUCAGAACCCUCAAGACAUGACCGGUGAGACUGGAACACUUGGAUACAUGGCACCUGAGGUUCUUGAAGGAAGGGCUUACAACAGGAAAUGCGAUGUCUAUAGCUUCGGUGUAUGCCUCUGGGAAAUAUACUGCUGCGACAUGCCCUACGCUGACUGUAGUUUCGCUGAGAUCUCUCACGCCGUCGUUCAUAGGAAUCUGAGACCAGAGAUUCCGAAAUGCUGCCCAAACUCGGUGGCAAAUAUAAUGAAGAGAUGCUGGGACCCGAAUCCAAACAGGCGUCCGGAGAUGGAGGAGGUGGUGAAACUGCUGGAAGCCGUAGACACAAGCAAAGGAGGUGGAAUGAUAGCUCCAGACCAGUUUCAGGGGUGCCUCUGUUUCUUCAAACCUCGUGGCCCCUGAUUCUUUUGUCUGAUAUUCUUCUUGAGACAGCUGCGUGAUUCUUUGGAUUUUGUAACUUUUGAGACUUGGAAGUUGGAACUAGUGUGGGUUUUUCUUUGGUUGUCAUAAGAAUCUCUCUUUGUUUUUGUUCUCUGCUCUCCAUGUAAUUUAUUACUAUACUACUACUACUACACAGUGUCAUCGUGUAAAUCGAAAAAGAUUGAAUUUUU